CAUACACAACACCGAGGCGACAGGAGAGGCCGUGUCGAGAACUCCACAUCAUGAAGGCUACUCUUGCGACGACCGCACUCUUUUGCGUGGGGGUAGCGAAUGCGUUCUUCGCUCCCACUGCCUUCACCGGUCAGCAACUGACAGCGGGGACUAGUGCACCAUCGCGCACGACGACGGGUGUGACCAUGAAAAUCUUCGACUGGAAAAGAAGAGAAAGCGAGGAUGGCCUAGUUCUUGACAGGGUCGCUGUGGACACCCUCAAGCCUGCACCGGGCUCGCGCCAACGCCACAAGCGAAAGGGUCGCGGUAUCGCUGCCGGACAGGGGGCAUCAUGUGGUUUCGGUAUGCGAGGGCAAAAGUCUCGCUCCGGCCCUGGAGUGCGGGCAGGUUUCGAGGGCGGGCAACAGCCUCUUUACCGCCGCCUACCCAAGCUAGUUGGCCGCCCCAUGGGCCCCGGCCACACCAAGAAGCAAUUCAACCUCAUUAAGCUGGACGCUCUCAAUGGACUGGAUGAAGGUGCCACCGUUAACUUCGAAUCGCUUCGUGCGGCCGGUAAAGUCACCAAGACCAAGCACAGGUGGCACAAGGUUGUGGGUGGAAUGGAAUUGGAAACAACAGGGCUGACAGUUCAGGCCCACGGGUUCACGAAGAGCGCAGUUGAGGCGAUAGAGGCCAAGGGCGGGAAAUGCCAACUGCUUUCCCCGACGACGAAUGAAGUUUUGUCGAUGGACGAGGAGGAGGAGGAAGAGUAGAGUAUGCAGGGCCGUACGAGCGCCCUUGCAAGACGGAACGUGGCAAUCACAGAUCAGCGCUCGAUGUUUUUUUGUAGCUGUGUGAUGUAUCGCCGGCCUUUGGAUGCGAUUUAGUCUAGAACAUGUCUUUUGGGCGGUAGUUUAUCGGAAGCCAGUUGUGAGUCUCAUGUUCGAACUCCUCCAGCUUUCAAGCAUG